CUGACUAUGGUAUUAUACCGAGGCAGGUGUGAGGUGCAGUCUAGAGCUGCGGGUGGGGAUCUCUUGCCGUUUUGGAAAGUGACUAUUGGAAAACAGCAGCGAUUUUUUUUCAGAAUAGAUUGAAUAAUUAACGCAAAGAUAGUAGGCGAGUGUGGACUUAUCCAAGGACAACAGUGGCUUAGGAUCCAAGCACUGAAAAUGCACAUGAGCUACUACUUCUCGUCGACAGUCUGUGACUUUCUCUUCAAGGGCGUCAACAUCAUCACAACAUGGGGAAUGGUGUCAUUGUGCCUUGGACUUCUGUCCCUUUCUGUACUGGCAGAAGGUUUCAAAGUAGCAAGAUCCCAGUUGCUGAAGGUUGCAGCAUCACGCAAAACUGGUUGCAACAAAUACGAGAUCCCUGAAAGGUCGCCUCUCUUAAUGUCUGAAUCGUUUCUUGGUCGUAGAAAUCAGAAGUUCUUGUAUAAACGCAGGGUGAAGUUUCACAUACUGCAGUCUUUCCUACACGUUGUGCAUCUGACAAUAGGAUACAUCCUGAUGCUUGUGGUCAUGACAUAUAAUGCAUAUUUCACCAUCGCAGUAGUGAGUGGUGCUGGCCUUGGAUACUUCUUUUUUGCAGUGUUUGAUCUUCCAAGCAAAGUACUGGGUACCUACCAUUCCAAUGUAACUAAGGCAUCUACCAACUCAACUUGUGGUCCAGAAGGUAACUCGUCAAAUGUACGUAGUUCAUAUGGGACAACAGGAACUGUGCCGUCGUCUGUGGUGCUUCGUCCCUCGUCUGAGCUUGAGCAAUUUUCUCGUAAUAUUGGCAGUAUGGAUUUGGCUUUUGAAAAUGUUAGAGGUGAGCUUGGCAAUUCAGGGAUAGUUCAAGGACAAGAUGAUCAAAUUGAUGAAGUGGAGAAGCUGCAUGAGGGAGCCUCAGAAGAGGACUGUGGGGAUAGAGACAUUGCAGAAGGACACGUAAGUGAUACAGCUCAUUUACUACCUCAGGAAACCAUAAAGGUUGAGGUACAGGUACAUGCUUACCCUGAAGAAUGAUAGGUAGAGUAAGUGCUGAUACCUAAAAGAAUCUUAGCCAUUUUCACUUCUCCAGAUGGUUCCAGCAGAAUAUUACUAUAAAUAGAAGGUUAUAAUGGUGAUGUGCAUGUUUUAGCUAUUUGCACAUUGCAUAACAGCAGUGUGGAAGGCGUUUCUCAUUGGCUUCCUUCCUGUCUCAAACGAGGCCAUUAGAUCUGGUGGUUGGCAUGCAAAUACUGUGUUAGAAUAAAAUAAGAGUACAUAUAGGAUAUUUAUGUAACUUUAUGCAAAAUACAAUUUACAAUGUAUUGUAAUUUUAAAGUUCUUGUUUACAUAGCUAGCUAUUGAAAGAUAGCUAAACAAGAUUGGAUACCUUGCAUUCUAUAGAAAUAUUAUAGAUAUUUGCUGAUUUUAUCAUCAGUUAUUUAAUCUUAGUUUUAAGUGAAGACGGUUGUCAAAUACUUUAUUAAUGCAGAAAAGCAGUUCAUGUUGAGGAACCAUAUUCCAGCAGUGGAAUUUAAGUUGAUGCAAGUUCUUUUCUGCAAGACUUCUAUAUUCCAGGUCUUUCAUCAGUUGCAACAAUAAUCUUUGGUAAGUAUCGCCCAAUAAUUUUGGUGUAAACUUAAUGGUUGUAUGGACUUACUUACCCCAUUAUUGUAUCGUACGUGACUAGUGUAAGUUGUAGUGUUAUUAAUCUGCACUUGCUUCAGUUGUACUGGUACCAGCUUCUGUGUGUUUGUUGAUCUGACUUACAAAAUUGCUUUAACUUUAUUUUCAAGUUAAGAAUUUUAUGUGUGAGGGGUAAUGUUGUCAAUAUUCAUUUUUAUGUAAUGUCUUUAUGAGGGAAGUGAUCACAUCAUGAGAUUUGUGUUGUCUGUUGGAAUUUUUAAGACUGCUUAACUGCCAUAUUUGUUGCUUAAUCGUAUGUCUAGUCACAUUUAUCAUUAUACUGUAUGAAGAUGUUUGACCAGUAGCACUAGCAGCAUAUGUUUAUAUGUACCUCAUAUGUUUUGAGGAUUUUGACUUGCAAGUAGCUUUUAUUUGCUGAGGCCAGUCAAUUUUGCCAUAUCUUAAAUGCAUGGAAUCAAGAUAGAUGCAGAUACAAAGAAAUUUUGUACUCUUGAAGCUUGGUAUACCCUUCAUAGUCUUUAAUUAAAUUGGGUUACAUUUGUUGCAUCACCUAUAAAUAAGCCGAUAAAAUUAAUCUUUUUACGGUUAGGCUUGUACUACUUCAUAGAAGUGCUGUAUGUUAAAAUGUAUGUACACUAUUAGAACCAAACAGAAAAUGUACCGCUGGCUGUUUCUUGCAUCAUUUAAUUCAUACUACAGUAAUUCAUUUUAUUGGGGAUAGGCAGCCUAUGUAUAUAUAUUCAGUAUGUUAGGCUUAUAUUGAAGGACCCCCUUCCCUGAGGUCAGACUACUGACCCUCCCCAAAAUGCAAUUCUACAAGAAGCUGACUAAUUCCUGGGUGCCUUUGUCUUUUUACUGCUAGGUGAACAGAGGGAUCAGGAGAUAGGAAAUGUGCCUAACCAUUUGUCCUUGUCUGGGAUUUGAACCUGGGAUUCCUGAUUGAGUCGAGAACAAACCUAAGACAUUGUUGAGCAUUAAUCAACCAAGUCAUACCUUUGGAAAUCAUUGCCUUUAUUAUGUAAUCUCAUGGCAGAACAUUGCUAGGUAAAAUCUGUUAAUGUAUGCAUUUCUUGACAAAAUAAGAUGCUUGGGCACAUUUGCUUACUCCUGAUGCCCAAGUUCACUUGGCAGGAAAUAAAUACCUGGGAGUUAAUUGUUGUUGGCUGUUUUCUGGGAAACUUUGGCUAGGGAAACCUUUGAUAAGUCGAACAUGGUUCUUGCCUCUAGCGACCACAAACUGGGAGCCAUAUUUAGACUUGUUCAUCUCUACAUAGAAAUGGACUAAUUUAAUUUGGUUCACUAUCACAUGUACAAAUGUUCCCCAAAUUUGUCUUGUGUUUUGGUUUACAAAUGCAAGUGAAGUGUGGAGUUUGUUUCUGCCCCUAAUGGGUGUGCCAAACCAUGCUUAGAGGUAAUUUCAAGGCAAAAAUUUAUUGAUUUAAUUGAAGAUGUCUACUUAAAGUAGUUAUAAACUACAAAUACUUCAGGUAGUUGCAUGAACAUUUACUGGGCUUGGAGACCUGUUUUAAAGGUCCGAGAAACUUGUCAGACAUUGCUGCACUUGAUUUGGAAUUUAAUUUACUCUGGUCACUUAUUGUGUUAUAGAACUUUGUGUGAAUAGAUCACUAUCAUUUAGCAAAGCUAAAGGUUAACAGUCUGUCAUCCAUUCAGUCAACAUGCCCAAGCCAUAUCAGUCUCUUGGCUUGUUGAAUUUUGCACUCCACAUAUCUUCAUGGCACUCGACUAAAUAUUCUUCUUGCAGUUACCUUUGGCUGAUAUUAGAGGAUUCCCAUAAUGUGAAAUAUUCCCUUUCUUCCACAUGAAAUGCAGUGCUAAAUUGUUCCACCGUACAACUGUCUGAUAAUUAUUAUGCUGUAUUUGCCGACAAAUUAAAAUAGUUGAUAGUGAACGGAAUGUUUUUCCAGGCUACAGUUCCUCCAAGACUCUACUCACCCUUAGCAUUGUGUAAUAGCUAUAUUAAUAUUGUUGUGGUCAUGUACAGUAUACAGUAUUACAUUAUGGUUUUCAUUAACUGUGUACACUUUAAUACGUACAAUAUUUAUAUUAAUAACUAUCAGUGUAUAAAUUUAAUGAUGUACUAGAUACAAAUAUGGUCUUAAAUUUAUCUACACAAAAUUGAACACAAAAUAAUGGGCUUAAAUUUGAUAUUUAGAUUUGUGAGGACCUUGAAAAAUACUGGCUGGGAAACAGCAGUUUAUUGAUUUACGGAACACAUUACCAGGUUACAUGAUAGGUGUGAGAUCACAAGAUUGUUCCAAGCAUGUGGUAGACAUAUAUGAAUGAGUCUGAGUGGAUAUAAUUAGAAACUGCCCCUAUGGGCCAGUAGGCUUCCUGCAGUUAACUAUACUAUUUUGUUCUUGUAUGGAGAAAGUAAAAAUGUGAGAUCUCAUAAUUUUCAUAUAUUGGCAGCCUACUGGUGUGCUGGCAAGAGGUUCCUACUAUCUGGGCAGGUAACAUUAGGGAUGCUUUCAGAGUGAAUGUUAUUAUGUUGUCCACAUACAUCCUGAGUGGAUGCCUGCAAUGUAUGGCUUUGAUACAGAGGCAGGAAAUACCUAGUCAUCUAUAAAAUAGAUGUGUGAUACUGUAUGAGGAGAGCAAUGUACAGUACAUUAAUUAUUAGUUAAAGGUGGCAUGUCAGGGGAGUUGGACUUCACCUCCUAUUCAUCACUAGGUGUAGACGGUUGGAAGCAGCUAAGUGAGAAGGUGGUGGAGGCCAGAACCGUCAGUAGUUUCAAAGUGUUAUAUGACAGAGUGCAGGGAAGACAGAACACCACGAGCAUAGCUCUUAUCCUGUUACUGCACUUAGGUAAUUACUAGCAGGUGUUUGUGGCAGCAUCCGUCAGUGUGAAGUUUCACUGGGCUCUCCAUUAAUAUCAGCAGGUGUUUCUGAGCAGCUUCUUGUACAAGCUGCUGUGAUGUUCAGGUGACAACAGGGGGUUGGAAUGACUGCAUGUACAUUGGAGUGAUGCACAGAUAUUGCUUUGUAGUAGACUGCUCUGUCCUGUCAGUUUUUUUUUUCUAUAAAUGCAUUUUGUAUGGAGCAAACAGAUUCUAUAGUUCUCUCAAACAGAACUCUACUCUAUAAAUGAUGACAUUUCAAGUAUGCAUUAUCCCUUCACUUUAUGAAUAGGACCAAGGGAGGCAGCAGAGUCAUGCAGCAGAUGCAUCAAAUGAACGUGACGAGGAAGGAAUCCUUGUCACAGCCCUUGUGGAUUUGUUCAUUUGAUGCAUCACGCUAUUGUGAUUUCUGUGUGUAAUGAAGUAAGGGCGAAGAGGUAGAACGGCC